ACCGCGGGCUCGGAGUAUAGGAUCCGAAUGAUUUUUAGCGAAGAUUUGAGUAAUUUGUGUCUCUAAUUUUUUCCAAAAGGACAUGGAAACGGUACCAAAAGAACUUCGAAACCUUAGAGCCUGCCUUAUGUGUUCUCUAAUUAAGACAUUGGAACAGUUUGAAUAUUCUGGAUGUGAUAACUGCGAAAGAGUGUUAAGGCUUAAGAACAACAAAGAGAAUAUUCUAUUGUGCACAAGUCCUAAUUUUGAUGGGUUAAUAUCAGUUAUUACUCCAGAAGACAGUUGGGUGUCAAGAUGGCAAAGAAUAGAUAACUUAGUUAAAGGCUGCUAUGCUGUAUCAGUAAGUGGGAAGCUUCCAGGAAAUGUCAUCAGAGAAUUAAAAGCAAGAGGCAUUACUUACAGAAAUCGAGAUAGAACAAAUCUUUCAUAGUUUGAUCACAUACUGCACUUAAGUGUAUGUACACUUUACAUUGUACAUCGAACUUGAUGCACUCGUAAGAUCAGCCAUCCCUUCAAAGUACUACCUGUCAGUAAUGUAUCUUGGCCGUGUAAAUAAACCUUAGAUUAAGCAUGAGUAUGUAUACCUACAGCUGACUGACCUCUUUUUCAAGAAGUAUGGCUUUAUAAAGAUCUAGAACUUUUUGAGCAGGCUAAUGUUACAUGAAGAAAAUCAUAACAGUUGGAUUAGGAUUGACCUAAUCAUAAAACUAGGGGUAGUACUGUAAUAGAGAGCAAAUAACAAUGCCAUUAAGAAAAAUAAGUGCUGAUGUUUGUAUUAAUGUUGAGAUGUCUGCUACCAUCUUAUGUGUUUCUAGGAUAGGGAAAAAUGCAUUGUAACUGGAAGGAUUCUAAUUUUGACAUAAAUAUUUUUCAAUUUCCAA